GUCUACUCCUGCAGUUAACUUUAACUUUCUAUGUCUUUGCGUCAAGUUACAAUGUUUUUCAUCGACACCCACAUUUGCUGCAAGUUUUAGUUUUGUUUCUGUUCAUGCAUAUCACUUCUGCUUCAAAACUUGAUCCUUGUUUUGCGGCCGCAAUGGAGUUCCCAGGUAUCCUCCUUACUACUUGGUUUAUUUUCGUGCAACUCUUUCUUUUUACCUCUGCCUCUUCCUCGCUUCUAGUAGGAAAUGAGUUGGAUAGGCUGUCCUUGCUUGCCAUUAAAGCUGAAAUCACAAACGAUACACUCGGAAUCCUGAGCUCCUGGAAUGCAUCCCUGCAUUUCUGUCAGUGGCCUGGUAUUACCUGCGGCCGCAGACACAAGAGAGUCAUGGUGCUUGACCUUCAAUCAAGCCGGCUGGUAGGGUCGCUAUCCCCCCACAUUGGAAACUUGAGCUUUUUGAGAGAGUUAAACCUCCCAAACAAUAGCUUCAGUGGCACCAUCCCUCCAGAAAUUCGUCGUUUGCUCCGGUUGCAACUACUACACCUUCAAAACAACUCCUUCAGUGGUCAUAUUCCAUUCAACAUAUCACGUUGCUCUAACCUCCUUUACCUUGCCUUAUCUGGCAACGCUCUUAGUGGCGAACUUUCAACCGAAAUUGGCUCAUUGGCGAAGCUUCAGGUACUUCGUUUAGAUAGGAAUAGAUUUAGUGGGAAAAUCCCAUCUUCGUUUGGGAAUCUUUCUUCUCUUCGGGUGCUAUCUGCAGCACAAAAUAAUCUGCAGGGAGGUAUUCCAAAUAGCCUUGGCCAGUUGAAAAGUUUAACAUCCAUUUCAUUGGGGCAAAAUUAUUUGACAGGUACCAUCCCUCCAUCCAUAUACAACCUCUCUUCUAUUACAAACAUUUCGGUGGUUCAAAACCAACUACAUGGAACUCUUCCUCCUGGCUUGGGCCACGCUAUAUUUCCAAACCUAAAUGCCUUUUUCUUCCAUUUCAACCAAUUCACUGGACCAAUACCAACUACAAUCUCCAAUGCAUCCAACCUUGCAAUAUUUGUAAUCUUAGAAAAUAUGUUUACCGGAAGAAUACCUAGCCUGGCAAGGAUGUCCAAUCUGUUCCGGUUAGAAAUAGAUGCUAACAAUCUUGGAAAUAAUGAGAUAGGUGACUUGGACUUUCUCUCUUCUCUGGUUAAUUGCACCAAUUUAGAGCAUUUGGACAUCAGUUCCAAUCAUUUUGGAGGAGUGCUACCUGAAUCUGUCAGCAAUCUCUCAAUAAAGCUCGAGGCAAUGGGAAUGUGGAGGAAUCAGAUACGCGGAAGCAUUCCUUCUGAGAUUGGAAAUUUUGUCAACUUGGGGAGGUUAGACUUUGGGGAAAACCUAUUGAGGGGCUCUAUACCAAGCUCAAUUUCUAAACUAGAUAAACUAGUUUAUUUGUAUUUGGAUCACAAUGAGCUGUCAGGUACUAUCCCACCUUCAAUAGGCAAUCUAUCUUCACUAGAAGUAUUAGAUCUCAUGUCCAAUUUCUUACAAGGACGCACACCGCAAGGUCUUGGUAAUUGCUGGCGUUUGAUAUACUUGCAUCUUUCUCAAAAUAAUCUUAGCGGUCCCAUUCCACUACAAGUUUUGUCAGCCUUGACACAUGUUGUGGAUCUGGACCUAUCCAGAAACCAACUUACCGGAUCCAUUCCCUUGGAAGUAGGCAACAUGGAUUCACUUGACAUCUUGGAUCUUUCCGCAAACAUGUUAUCUGGUGAAGUCCCAGGAAUUUUAGGGAGAUGCAUGGGUUUGAGAAGUCUGUAUCUUAGUGGAAACUUGUUUCAGGGAACAAUUCCUCAAUCCUUGAGUUCUCUAAGAGGGAUUGAAAAUUUGGACCUCUCUCGUAACAACUUGUCUGGCGGAAUUCCCAACUAUUUGGGGAGUUUCCGUUUCUUGCAGAACUUGAACCUAUCACAUAAUGAUCUUGAAGGUGCAGUACCAACGGAAGGAAUUUUCACAAAUAGAACUGCAUUUUAUAUCAAGGGAAACAUACGGCUUUGUGGAGGUAUACCUGAGUUACAAUUGCCCAUAUGCAACUCCAGCAACUCCAACAAUAAGCAAGAUAUAUUUCUAUGGCAAAAAGUACUUAUCUCAAUUGCUUGUGGGAUCGGUAUUGGAGUUAUCUUACUAUUGUGCUUCAUCCUUCUUUAUCCAGCCAGAAAAGCAUUGCGCUUUGUGCUUCUUUAUCUAUCAAGCAAAGCGAGAUCGAAGUUAACUUUAGGAUCAUCAUGGGAGGUUUCACUCUUGAAAGUUUCAUAUGGAGAUCUCCUCAAAGCAACUAAUGGGUUCUCUUCUCGGAAUUUGAUUGGUGCUGGUAGCUUUGGGUCUGUGUACAGGGGAAUUCUCAAUCAGGAAGAAAGAAUUGUUGCAGUGAAAGUACUCAGUGCUCAUCGUUCAAGAGAGAGUUUUAUGGUUGAAUGUGAAACCUUGAAAUAUAUUAGGCACCGAAAUCUUGUCAAACUACUGACCGUGUGCGUAAGUAUCAAUUUUCAAGGGAAUGAUUUCAUAGCUUUGGUUUAUGAAUUCAUGACGAAUGGAAAUCUAGAAGAGUGGCUACAUUUUUCAGCUCAUAGACUACCUGGGGCACCGAUUGUGCAGGGGCGUUUGAACCUUACUCGGAGGGUAAACAUUGCCAUCGACAUAGCUAAUGCUCUGAAUUAUUUGCACAACCACUCUCACAUGCCAAUAGUUCAUUGCGAUUUGAAGCCCAGCAACGUUCUCUUGGAAGGCGACAUGACUGCCCGUGUUGCUGAUUUUGGUUUAGCAAGGUACCUCCCGGAUGCUUCGUGUUCACUUCCUUCACAAAGAAGCACUGCCAAUGUCAUAAAUGGCUCGAUAGGCUAUAUCGCCCCAGAGUAUGGCAUGGGAAACGAGGUUUCAACAUAUGGAGACGUGUAUAGCUACGGAAUCCUACUGUUAGAGAUGCUUACUGGAAAAAGGCCUACAGAUGAGAUGUUCAAAGAUGAUCUGAACCUGCACAACUUUGUUCGGAUAACUUUGCCUGAACUUGUAGAAGAAAUAUGUGAUCCGGUACUUCUUCAAAUAAAAGAAAGCAGCACUCAUAGUAUUGCAUCCAACGGUAGGAAUCAGGUUCAAGAUGAUCAAAGGCAAAGAGUUAGGAAGUGCUUGGUUAUCAUGGCCAGGAUAGGAGUUGCUUGUUCUGCAGAUUUGCCGAGAGAGAGGAUGGAUAUUGGACAUGUUGUAGAAGGAUUAUGCCUAGCAAGGGAUGUACUAACUGGAACCUCGAUUCGUAGAAAUCAUAUGAUCACGGCCUAAGCAGCACGUAAAACA